AUGGAAGACAACCAAUCGUGCAUCAAGAUGACGAAGAAUCCUGUGAACCAUGGUCGGGCCAAGCACAUCGACACUUGUGGUCCAAUGGAAGUCGACUCGCUAGGUGGAAGCAAGUACUUGCUACUGACCGUAGAUGAAGGCAGCGGAUGUAUGAAGAGUUUCAGUCUGCGCGCCAAUUCCGACAGUGAAGAGUGCAUCAAGAAGUACAUCAUGGCAGUACAGACGCAGUUUGACUACAAGGUCAAGUUCGUUCGCCAUGUUGAAAAGACAGCGGCUGUGAAGAAGAUACCUCGUCAAGCUGCGUCAAGUGUUGAAGCAAGUGGAAGACCAAGCUUCGCUAUACCGGUGGGUACCGGUAUGUACCAGUAA